UUCAGGUUGCGGCUGCUGGGGUGGAGGGAGGGGAGGUGGCGCAGGCUAUGUGGCCGACCCUGCGGUACGUAGGCGGUGUCUGCGGACUGGCCCGGUACAGCGUGACUGGGGGUUUCCUCCGGGCAAGCGGACCGGCGUCCGGGGUGCCCGGGCUACUGUGCGGGGGUGGCCGCCGCAGCUCCAGCACCAGCUCUUUUGAUGUAGUCAUCGUUGGAGGUGGAAUUGUGGGGCUUGCCUCUGCCAGAACACUCAUCCUGAAACAUCCGGGGCUUUCGAUUGGUGUGGUGGAAAAGGAGAAGGAUCUAGCUCUUCACCAGACUGGACACAACAGUGGUGUCAUACACAGUGGGAUUUACUAUAAGCCAGAAUCUCUGAAGGCUAAAUUGUGUGUAGAAGGCGCAGCCCUCAUCUAUGAGUACUGCAACCUCAAGGGAAUUCCCUACAGGCAAUGUGGCAAGCUAAUAGUAGCUGUCGAGCAAGAAGAGAUUCCCAGACUUCAAGCCCUGUAUGAGAGAGGCCUGCAGAAUGGAGUCCAAGGCUUGAGGCUGAUCCAGCAGGAGGAUAUAAAAAAGAAGGAGCCAUAUUGCAGGGGUCUAAUGGCUAUUGAUUGUCCAUACACUGGCAUUGUGAACUACCAACAGGUAGCUUUGUCAUUUGCCCAAGAUUUCCAAGAAGCAGGUGGCUCUAUCUUGAAAGAUUUUGAGGUAAAAGAUAUUGAAAUAGCUAAAGAAAACCCUUCAAGAAGUAAGGAUGGCAUGAACUAUCCAAUCGCUGUCAAGAAUAGUAAGGGAAAGGAAAUUCGGUGUCGAUAUGUUGUCACGUGUGCUGGUCUUUACUCAGACCGUAUUUCAGAGUUGAGUGGCUGCAAUCCUGACCCUCAAAUUGUCCCAUUCCGUGGAGAUUACCUGGUCUUAAGGCCAGAAAAGGGCUACCUUGUAAAAGGAAAUAUUUAUCCGGUCCCGGACAGCCGGUUACCUUUCCUAGGAGUUCACUUUACACCGAGGUUGGAUGGCACUAUUUGGCUAGGGCCUAAUGCAGUGCUUGCCUUUAAACGGGAAGGUUACAGACCCUUUGACUUCAAUGCCAGAGAUGUUAUGGAAGUAAUUCUCAAAAGCGGUUUCAUUAAACUGGUGUUCCAGCAUUUCUCUUACGGAGUUAAUGAAAUGUAUAAAGCCUGUUUUCUCAGUGAAACAGUGAAGCAUCUUCAAAAAUUCAUUCCUGAAAUCACCAUCAGCGAUGUCCUUCGAGGUCCUGCUGGAGUACGGGCCCAGGCCCUGGACAAAGAUGGAAAUCUGGUAGAGGAUUUCGUGUUUGACGGAGGGGCUGGCGAGAUUGGAGACCGCGUCCUUCAUGUGAGAAAUGCGCCUUCGCCUGCCGCCACUUCCUCCCUGGCAAUUUCUAGGAUGAUAGCGGAGGAAGCACAGCACAGGUUUAAGUUAUGAGUGGGGGGUGGGGGUGGGGGGGGCGCUGUGCUUGCUUCACGGUACCCACGUCAGCAACAAGGGCCUACCGGCUGCGGUUUAAAAUUAUACUUUAAGAAAACAAUUUUAAAACCAUGCCUUUAAGGCUAAAAUAAACAUUGACUUAUUAACAGGAUAUAGUAGAUAUAAUAAUUUUUUAAAAAAUUUAGGUCCAUAUUCUUGUGAACAAAGAAACGAAGUGUAUAUCACUACCUGUUCUGAAACUUCAGGUUUCUUAGAGAGACUUACCCCAACCCAUCUCAGUCUGGGGAGAGCUCUUACAGAGUGUUUGGGAAGACAACAUAAAAGAUGGACUGUCCCUAAAUAAAUGUUUGGAUUUAUAAUGUUUUUCCUUUUUCUAAAUAACUGCUUGUUUAGAAAAUGAAAGUGCUUGAUUUCAAGGAAAUAAAUGAAAUUUCACAUUUCUAAGUAGCGUAGAAAAAAGUCUUUUACUGCAGCCCUGCAGUGUGGCACCAUCACUCCACGUGACUAGCAGUGCGCCUGUGUGCUUGCUGCCAACACUACAGUUUUCUAAGCUGAGAAAUAAAAGUCCCUAAAAGGACUGAUUUUAUAAGUGCAGUUUAAAAUCCUGACCAUGGGUGUGUCACUGUGUAAUUUUAUGUUUCACACCUCAGCCCCUUGGUCACACUAAGGUUCCCAAGAUGUUGGCCAGGGAUUACUAAUGGUUCCUGUCUACUUGGGUUUUCAGAAUUCCUAUAAGCUUUGUGAGGCCAUUUCUCCAUUUUUGGUUAAUAUCUAACUUGGAGGCAUUCACUUCUGUAAACCGCGAAAGUGCCUUAUAGCCUUCAUAUUUACUUCAUUAAUGUGGUGAGCUGGUGCCAAGUGCCAUACUGUGUGUGACAUGUGUGCGUGGUGCCAUAUUGUUACUGUGUAUACUAUGUGUGUGUGUAUGUGUGUGCUUGUGUGUGCACGAGUGUGUUUGUGUUAGCUAGUGAAGUUUGUCUUACAACUCAGAAAGUUAGAAAUAGAAAUGUAAGUGAAGAACUGGCAGCCUGGCCAUGGAAACAGGCAGCACUUCAGGGAGACCCUUCGUCUGUCCUAUCCUGAGUGUUCUCUCAGGGUUAAUCUUGGUUUUCCUCGCCAACACUGUGAUGGAUGUAUGAGAGUGAUGUGCAUGUUGAUAGGAGAACCUUUUCCUGUCACUUGUUUCUCUUCACUUCAGCCCUUACUGGUUACAUUUAUUAAGCUAUCUAAUCCAUUAAUUUAAAAGGAUACAUAUUGUGGGCUUCAGUUUGAGAGGCAGCAUAUCCCCUGUGAAUGGAUGAGGCAGUUACUCAACCCUUGGGCUGGGCAUAUUGAAACACUCAGAAGUCAUUUACAGAAAAAACCAAGCCCUAAUGGUCCUCCAUAGCAGCUGAUUCCAGAAGACACACUGCAGAGCACGGCUGUGUUCUAAGACGUAGUGACACAAGCAUCACAUUAAGAUUGUGUUACUUUAUGAAUAAGAUGAGAGUCUUUUCCCUUUAGAUGUGGUGAGAGAAGUAUGCAUGUUCUGUUUCAUCAACUGUGAGACCUGUGCAUAUACACUAAGCUGUGAAAAAAUAAAGUUAUAAAAUAUAAAACACAAAAUAACUAUCAUGAUAGAAGCAAUCCUUACUCCAUUUGGGUCUGUAUUGUAUAUCCCAAAAUAAUAGUGAAAAUUUGUUAAACUAUGUCUGUUAAUCUGUUUGUAAAAUAUUUGAUAUUUAUGUCAAUAGGAAUUUUUUGUUAAAUACUGAUAUAUAAGAAUUUUUG